UUUUGCUAAAACCUUAUUCCGCUCAUCCACGGUGCUAGCGAGGCCGUAUCUAGCCCCUAGCCCUCAAACAAGCCGCUGUCAAUCAGAUGUUAGCUUGCUUUCUGAGCAGAAGCAGCAAAGGGACGAACCGAUGAUGGCCGAUGGUGGAGCGGGCAUCAGUCGUUCAGAGCAAUCAGCGGCUGACAGAUCGACAGCGGCGGGUACUGCUGCGUGCUGGAAAUAGUACGUCGCCGUGUAGCGCCGCAGAUAGCGAGUCAGAGAAGUGCUGCUGAGUGGACGAGACAAAACCAGAGUAUUACUCGGUUCAUGAAGAGUUAGACAGCAAGAACAGGCAGAACCUAAAGACAAAAGUGGUCGUAACGGCUGCCACAACUGUGGCAGCUCGUGUUGUUUUGUUGCUCCAGCAUCUACUGGCUGGCGGAGACAGCGACAAAAAAUUUUGUGUGAUCCACAAGUUGGUGUAUGUGUAAGAUCCGGAUAUCGAGCUGGACGGCGGAUAAGGUAGCGCAGGUGUGAAGAAAGCGCUAUCCUCAGCUGUGUGGGGUGUGUGUUUGUUUGUCUGUCCCGUUGAGAAAAAAAAAAAAGUUGCACGUCGAAUUGGGGGAAGUGUGGCCAAUACGCUGAAGAAGUGUAUUCUUGCUGGUGCGAGGACGGAGAGGGAUUCGUUCGUCUUAAGUAAAAAGUAAAGUUAGUCAGAAGUUUGUUGAUUUUGGGCUUGUAUGCUUGCUCUUUUUUUUAUGGUGCUGUUUACCUCAGUUUGGCUCGGAUUAUUGUGUUACGCGAGACAUACACCAUCGAAAACAGGUAAAGAGUACCGGGGAAAUACUCUGAAACAUCUCACUGGAAUGUGCGAGCCGUUUACAUUUUGACUACAUAAAAUAAGGAUAAUAUAUACGGAGCCAUAUAUAUGAUCUCGGGAGACAAAAAGGUCAAGGCCCGCUAAUGGAAGCCCUGGGCUCUCAGGGAGAGGCCCGCUAAUCGAGUUCUCACGGGGAACCGGACGUGGACUGCUCUGAGCUGUAACCGUUGUUCAAAUCGAGAUAGGCGACGCCGAGGUCUUAGUAACAUAAUAAUAAUAUACGGUGGAGUAGGUGGAGGGAGAGUCUGUGAAACAUUGAAUUCCUCAAGAGUUCUCUAUUUGGCUGAUGAUGACAGCGCUUUCCGCGAUAACGUUGGCGCUUCAGCGAGGGCAGCUUGGCGGAGUUGGCGACGUCCCUGUUGCUACUUAUGGCGAGCGGCCUCUCUGAGGGCCAAUUCAGCCCCCGCCCAUCUCGCUUCAAGACAAUGGACCCGGUCAUGGUUCAUGAUCGAUCCGGAUCAGUGGCUGUGGUAGCUCCCGUGGCAGUAAUAUCUUCUAAUCCAGCUCCGCUCUCUGGCAGCCUUCAGAAGGAAAAAGCCUUGGAGAGCGGAUGGGACGCCCACACCGACGUGGAAUCAACAGGACCACGAGACAUUACCGCCGAUCAAACGGAGGAAACCACUGUGAUUCGUCAAGAUGACCUUGGCGGACGAGUUGUGCUGCAAGACGUUAAUGGCAGCACUGGUGGCAUCGCCGAGGGAGCGAUGCGGGAUCAGGACACUUCCUCCUUGUCUUCGACACAAACGAAUCGCACAGCUUCACAGCAUGAAGAACAACUGGUCAACAUCCAGUCGCUACUUCGAAGGGCUUGUACAGCACAUAUAACCUCCAAUCAAAGGAUAUAUUAUAUGAAUCAUGAGACAAGGACGACUUCGUGGGUUCCUCCAGUGGAAGCUUGGCGAGACCCAUCCCUACCAUACGGGUGGGAGCGAGCCGUAGAUGCUAAAGGAGUGGAUUAUUAUAUCAACCACGUGAAUAAGACAACUACCUACCAUAACCCACUUAAGGAUUACGUCCAUGAAGAUCCACCGCCAUCGCCAAGAGAAGUGAUUUUGGAGCGACACCACGAGCUCGGCUUCGGUUUUGUGGCAGGUUCGGAAAGACCCGUAAUUGUACGAUUCGUCACUGAAGGAGGACCGUCCGAAGACAGGUUACUUCCGGGUGACGAGAUUAUCGCAAUAAAUGGCGUAGAUGUAAAGACGGCGCCUCGUGAGCACGUCAUCGAUAUGGUCAAGUCAUGCCAAUCAACUAUCAAGCUCAUCGUCUGUCAGCCUGUAACAAAUAAUACGACCAAAAAAUCAGCGUUAUUAACGGCGGCCAAAAAGGCCAAGCUUCGAUCGCGUCCAUCGAAAGUUCGCUUUGCGGAAGGCGUCGUUAUCAAUGGAAGUCCUCUCUACGGAUCGGAGCUGGAAGGAGCUCCAGUCGCAAAUGUGAUCAAAGUGUUCCUCGAGAACGGUCACACUAAGAGCUUCAAGUACGACAGUGCUACAGAUGUCCAGUCAGUUUUGGACGUACUUAAGGAGAAGGUACGCAUCUCCGAUGGGGCAAUGGAUCUGUUUGGCAUCGUGGUCGAGCAGCUAAAAAGUGUUGGUGGACGGAGGAAUAAGAUCUCGCUUCUUGAUCCUCGAGAAACGUUAGGGAAGAUUGCAGCUCUUCCAGGAUCGCACAACCUUCGAUGCCUCUUUCGAGUAGCCCUACUUCCAUCGGAUCCGUAUGAAUUGCUGCAGAACUGUCCACAUUCGUUCGAAUAUCUAUAUCAACAAUGUUGUAAUGAUCUGGUUCACGAUAAAAUUACCCCACCACUGGAGCCUGAAGUAGCGUUGCGACUAUCGUCGUUGCAUCUUCACCAACAUCUUCUCAGCCAGGGGCUGCAGGCAAAACCUACGUCUAUUAAACAGAUUGAGGGGGAGUGCGGUCUUACUCGAUUUGUCUCGUACUCGCUUCUUGAAUCAAUGAAGACCAAGCAACUUCGUAAAAUUUUAGCGCAGUCUAUGAAGCAGAACGAGAGCUUGUGCUCACCAGGCCAAAAGCAACUUACCCCAUUGCAGGUUAAGUUGCACUUCCUAAACAUCAUGUCUAAACAGGAAGGUUACGGCUGUCGAAUUCUUGAGCCUGUGGCUGAAUGUGAAGGGUCUUCGUUUCAUCAUGGCGAGUACCUUCUGCUAAGUGGUCGAAGCGGACUACGUAAGUUUCAUCGUCCACCAUCACACCAUCUGAUGCCACAUGGGCAAUCAUCCUCAUCGGCUCAUGCCGCAGGAUCGGGGCACAAUCAUCACCCCUCGGCAAUCAAUAUUGAUAAAGUACAUCCACCGAGCAAAGGCUCAGACGGUGUAUCGGUGGUCGCCGUGGAAGAACGAAGCGAUGGAACGGUGACCUUAGCGACCUCGUCAGGAGCUUCGUCGAAUGGUCAUUCGCUGAAUCACCCGCAGAUCUCUGAGUUGGUAAAGAUCGAGAAUAUCUCGAAAAUAUCAAUCUCAAAGGAAGACGACUUUACCUACAUUAUCAACAUUACGCCCACGAAUAUCGUGAUCGGGAUGGAGGAGCGAGCUAUGUUAGAGUUAGUACUUCUGUUACGGGGCUACUAUCAAUUGCUGAGAAAGGAAGAAUUGUUCGUCGAAUGGCGUACGAUCAAUCCGUGGGAGAUCGAAACGGCUCCCGUGUACCAUGGCAGUCAUGUAGUAAUUCCCCGGGAAUGGAGCUACUGUCCACCCCUAGAAGAUGAUGGGUCCCCAAGUGGGCUGCGCAAGAUGGACUAUUCUAGCGCCCCACCGCCAUACGUCCCGAAUGAGACACUUCUGAGUGAGUUCCGAAGCAUAUCUCGAAGUAGCUCUACAACCGGUUCUCAGCGAAACCUCGAUUUCAACAUGAACCUCGCCAACCGUUUCGAAUUAAGUGUCGAGUCUCACUCAAUCCCAUCGAUUGCAAAGCCGGUAGAAACAAUCAACCAUCGAGUAGUUGCCCGCCAGCUCGAAAGAGCCUACACUUCACCAGGACAGAUUGGUGGCCUUCGAGACAGUCCAGUUCAAUUUACUCUCGGUGGCGAUGACGACAUUCUAAUGGGAGUUUCUUCGUCGGCUACGCCAGAUCUUCUCGGCCAUGUAAUGCACCCUGCCAUAAUGAUGAAUAAUCGACAGCCAGAUAUUGAUGUUGGGUCGAUUAAUGAGAGCACAUCGUCUGGAGAGGCGAACGAGGAGAAACCACCGCAUCUAAAGGCCGCAGAUUCGCUGUUGCUUCUAGCUGCGGCGGUUGAAAAGACAGGUUCUGGAGGUCCUCAUGGAAGUGCGCAUAUAACGACAGGCGUUCUAGGACCUAGUGAACUUCGGAUGUCACGAGGAGUCGAGGCGACAGAAAUCAAAGGCGGUAGCGGGUCGUCCGCAUCACAAGAAGAUUCGGACGAUUCCAGUGACACCGGUCAGAGCCAACAGUUAGUGAGGCAGCCAAACCAGAUCCGAAGUGUGGGAGCCUCACUGCGUACGGAUGCUCUGCACCACGUCUUGUCGCGGGAUCGACCGGAUAGAAAUAGUUUUUCUAGUAAUUCGUCAGGCAACUCAACAUCAAAUAUGCAGUCUUUCACAGGGCCUUUCGAUGGACCGCCUGUUCGAACGUCUUUUGCCAAUUACACCGACACACUACGAAAAUACGAAGCAAUGGCCUAUAGAGAACAAUCUGGUUCAGGAGGAACCUUAGAUGGGGGCCAGUUACAGCUUUCCGGGCUUCCGGGUACCCACAGUGUCACACGGAUCGAACUUCCAGCGGAAGCCAGUCUCGGGUUUACAUCCAUGUGCGAUAUCGGCGGCGACGUCAUCGAUUUGACGUUGUUGCCACCUCCUUCAUCGCCAGAGUUAGCUGAACUUGAGAAUCUGGGCCUUAACCAGUACGAUCUGGGUCGAUUGAUCAUUCCUCCGCCACCACCUCCGAUAGAGUUCUGCACCCAGAAUGAAAUCAUCGCCCGGUUUGAACAGGCAUCUAGGGACAUUUACGAUAUCAUACAAACGCCACCGCCGAAAGCGCCUCCACGGCAGAAACGCGGCUCACCUGAACCCGUCAAGCCAAUCCGAUUGUCACAGCAUCUACCAGCUCCCCCACCGGAUCUCGACACUUUAACACGUACAACGACGGCCGAUUCGCCCACGUCUUCUUCAAGACCCAACACUUCACCAUUGUCCAAUGCCUCUUCAACUGGGAAUCCUCCAACAGCACCCCCAACUCCGAGAAAGGUUCCGGAACAGACGAACGGCUUCAGUAGAGCACAACAUCAAAUUAGCACAAUGGCUUCACGCUUAAAAAAGGUUCACACAAUGAAGAACCAAAGCAGCGUUAGCAAACGUGAUCCGAUUAAAUUGUCACAGGCGCAUGACGCGCUGAUCUCCGAGGCCCGCCAGUUCGUAACUAGCUCAAAACUUCUAGUACGCGAGAUGGCGUUGCGAGCGCAGAAAAAUCUCGACAUUGGCGGGAUGCAGCUGGAAAAAUUGCACGAUCAUUUGAUCACCUGUGUGGCCCUUUUAGAACGCAUGUUCCUCUAUAGCGAGACGGUUUUGAUGCAAAGCGCUGAAGUCAGUCAUCCUUUAGCCGAUCAUAUGGACCGCGUCGCCAUGGAGUUCCAUCGAAUGAUUGGCAAACACAAUCUCACAGGCGACAGCGGCUUAUCGGAAGAAGAAUUGGGGACCCAGCUAGCGAAGAAUCUCAAUUCACUCAUGCGAAUUUUAAGGACGUGAUUGAUUCCUCAUACUGAGGGGCACUCGCCAACUCGUCAAUGAUGCGUAUGAGUAAUUGUACCCAUGAAGAUAGCGAGACAAGCUUCCCAAAGCUACUUGAAUUACACGUUAGUUUUCUCCGAAUCCGCUACAAACGUCAACUACAAGAUUUGGCGGCAACUGAAGAAAGACAACUAAGCUGUCAUCCGUUCGGGAGAAAUGGAGCUAAACCGUGAUGAAAUUUCAGAACUGACAACCGAUAGCAUUUGCCGAUUUAUGGGGGCAACGGGACAUGCCAAAGGUCCACUGCACCUCAAACAGCCAAUUCUUCUAAUACUACUAUAAGCUCGACUCUAUUGGACGGGAAAUAUAGUGCCGUACCGAUGUAUUUUCAUGAACGUGUUGGACGAGUCCACCUUCAGAACAUAUCUUUCCGCACUCUUCGUAUAUUUCACGCGAUAUACGCCUUGGUGCAACAGUUCUACUCCUUAGUUGUUUGUUUACUUAUUAUUAGUAUUACUGGAAUUGAACUUCUUCGAGUAGAGGCAUUUUUUAUUUAAAAACAUGGCGAAAAGAACGACGGUUUCUCAAGCGUUCAGUUAUUCUAAGAGCUUCAUUGAUUAUUAAGCGGUGUUUUUAUUAUCCUAGCCGUCGAGUGCUUCGGGUUUCCUUUCCUCCUCAUGAACAAACAACGAAGUAGCUGAUGAUAAUAACCGUUCGUGUUAAUGCAUUUAGCAACUGCAAAUGAUAGCCGUCGUAUUCAACGAGAAGGGACCGACACGAAAAGGAACACGAUGAAGAACACAGUGGUGAUGACGACGACGACGACGACGUAUGAUAAGUAGAAGAGCCCAGAUAUCUUAGAAGGACGCCACGCUACACGCUAGCGCUUAGCAGAUGAUGCAGCUCCGAUGAACUGUCAUUAUAACGAGAAAACGCGGCGAGAGGCGCGAAAUCUCCCUAGAAAAUCAUCACAAACUUUCCUUAGUGGUAGGAAGGUAGCCAAUUGUGUUCUAGAAGCUAGUUCGUUCAGUUCAAAGACAAACUAUCUUAUUUAUUAUAAGUGUCUUGUGCUAUAGGCAAGCGAUUUCGUGAAUUUUCGUGAGUAACGUUUAAAAAGGUGUUCUCUAUGACACUAGAACAUUAUGAUUCUGAAAAAAGCAGGAUAAAUUAGCGGAUGCGGUCAUCGCGACCUACCUAGUUGGCUGACUCGAGUGUUGCUAACUCUUGCUAAUAAUAAUUUAUUGGAACAAACGGCCUAUCAAUAUAUAGAAACUACUCAAAUCACUCCAUCUUUCAGCAAAGAUACACGUCUACAUAGUAUUGCAACAACUGUUGAGUUCUAAAGUCGACAUUGUGAUAGAACGGUGCCGAAACGCAAGCUAGUUUACAGAAGAAGAAAUCCAGGGUACCGCCUCUAUCCUCUUUCAGCAUUAGUUAGCGACACUUUGAUCGGGCUAAGCAUUAAAAACCCACAGAUUUCCUUGCGAGCCUUGAGAUGGAACAAUAACAUUGUGUAUGCAGUGGUAGUUAUAAUCAAAUGCAAUGUGACGGAGUAAUAGUUGGGGGUAGUUGAACGGCAGAAAAUCAAGAUAGUUAUAAUGUUAGUCAUUUCAUCUGGGGAAGAUGCGAAGUGAUGAUUCGAUGAGCACUAAACUGGAAGCAACCCGGAUCGGGUUAGUCUUCACUAGCUCUAGAAUGUCGUUCAACAAAACCUGCUCUUCUUAUAUAUACGAGUAAAAAUGUCGUUGUAACAAGUAAUCCGCUGGAGUAUAUACGUCCAGAUGAUAUAAGCUCGCUUCUUCCCGCCAGCUAGCGAUCAGUAUUUUAAACGUCGAACGAUUAAUGAAGUGGAAGAAAAGGCCGGUUGUUACGAAAUGCCUAUUUGGAGGUUGAGCCUAAAAUGGAGCGAAAAAUAACGUGCAAUAUAUAUUAGUUUAAGGUAUGCUGUACGUCCGUAUUGGGUAUGUAAAACUAAUGGAAGCUAACACGAAUCGGCAGUAGAACCUUUGCAUAUUGCGAAUCGAGGUUAGCAUCGUCUUCGUUUUCUAUCUAAGUUCGAUCUAAGUUUAAAGGUUCUUUUUUAUACGGUCUCUUGAUGAAAAAUCUACCAUAUCGUCUGUUACUUUGUUCUCGUAUCUAUCUUUUGUCAUUUACUAUCUCAUAAUUACAUGCCAGCCAAUAGUGGAUCACGCGGGACGUGUCGUCCCAUACCGUCUCUGGAUCGUUCUUCAAGGGCUUAAUCUAUACGUUAAAUCAAGGGUUGCAUGCGAAGUAAAGCCACGGGCUAGGACAAACAGAAACACUGUCUAAUUCGCACCCUGUCGUCUCGAACAGCACGCGGCUAUUCAGUUUAGAUCGAAGAGGAAAUUAUGUAGGCAAGCAAUUAUCUGAUCCGUUUGUAGUUUUUGAAAAUUUAACAUAAGAGAGCAGAGCCUUGCGUGGAUGUCGGCCAGGUCGAGAGUCUGCCUGAAUCUGAAAUGAACCUCUGAAAUCUGAAAAUUAACACCAGUAUCCGUGGAUGAAGUGACAUAUUUAGAUAGAUAGGUGCUAGAUAGUUA